AAGAGAAAUGACAGGAACUCUAGCAAAGUCACUUUCCAAAUUGGGGCUGAGAACUCAGAUGUCAAGUGCCUAUGUAAUGGUAUUUUACAAUCAAUGAUUGUAAAUCACUGCUGCUCUCUGCUUCGUCAUCUGGCUCACCUACAAAGAGUUGUGUUUGUUUUAAAACUCCAGGUUAAGCUUUGGGCAGGGGUUGUUCCCAGGCUGGAGCUGGUGCGGGUGGGAGCAGUGGGGACCCGGCUUUCCCCAGGAGAAACCCAGUGGGAAGUGGCACAGGAGUUGCCAGAGGGCGCCUGGGUACACAGUGGGGCGAUGGGAGCAGUCCUGCGGAAGAGAGACUCUGUUGUUUAAGAGAUAUCUGUGACCGAAGUUCUUUGCCUCUGUGACACAUUUCUGUCCCGGUGAAGCUUUUCUCAUGUAGAUGUGGCUUCAGUCCGUAGGAUGAGCUUAGCAGCCCUUUGAAACACAGAAUUGCAAAUGGAUCUGCGGACCAGCUGGAGCCAGCUUAGGGCCAGAGAGUUGCGAGAGUAUCGGUGCUGAGAAGCCCAUGCAUUUCUAAAGUCCUUGGCCAGUCCCUACUUUGCUUCGGCAUGUGUUCAUCCCCUCUCGGGCUGCUGCAGGGAUGAAGGGCCACGAGCUCUCGGUGUCUGUCCUCUCCUCUGGUACCUGCAGUGAGCUCAGCCCCUGGACACGCACAGCCCGCAGUGCUCAGCCCAAAGUCCAUGCGAUUACUCACCUCCAUAAAAUUGACGUUUUUCCUGCCUGGCCUCCGCGAGAAGUUCAGUCAGAGUUUUGUCCUCUGCUGUGGGUGUAUGGAAGGAGAGCGUUCUUUCGGCCGCUCUCUCUGCAAGUCUCACGGGUUUGCUUUUCUCUCCUCCCAGCUGCAAGCCGUGUCUGUAGGAGCAAUAACCCACUGCAGGAGACACCCCGAGCUGGCAGUGUCACACUUUGAUUCUUUUCGUUUGGAAGGAUUUUACUGUGUGUUUAGUAAUAGCCCCCCAAAAGAGUGCUGGCUACAGCAAAGGUACUUCCUUCUUUUUACAUUCUCAGGCUGGUUUCUAACUGCAGCAGACCGGACUACAGAACCCUGCAGGUUUAGUUCACCCUCAUACAAAACGAACAACUUAGGCCAGGCAUGACGUCACUGUGUUUGCGUGUGUGAUAUCCUCUGCUGUUACUCCUUUCGCUCUGCUCUAACUGGGAUGACCCUCAGAGAUCGUGCUUGCAGGCUCUUGUGGUUGGGAUCUUGUGACCCGUAUUUCUGUGCGUCCACUUAUGCAAUGAAAACAGACACUGAGAAUAAAUAAAAAUAGUAGUCUGAUUAUAAUUUGGUUACAAAUGGACGUGGUCUCAAGUGAAUUCCCUGAGAUUUUAGCAUGGCUGUCACAUGGAAGCAGAACUGCAUUUACUUCUUAUGUGGAGAGUGUAAUUUUAGUUUAACUUUCUUUCAAGUAUAACCAUAAUCCAGAGAGAGUGGCCUUUCCCUGGCAGUGACUGUGAACCAAGUGCUGUGACAUGCACAUAGAAUCACAGCAUCACAGCAUUGUAGAUGUUGGAAGGGACAGCUGGAGAUCAUAGAGUCCAGCUUCCCCUGCUAAAACAGGUUCCCUACAAUAGGUCACACCGGUCGCCAUCCAGGUGGGUCUUGAAUAUCGCCGUAGAAGGAGACUCCACAACCUCUCUGGGCAGCCUGUUCCAGUGCUCCGUCACCUUUACUGUAAAGAAGUUCUUCAGAUCUCCGUGAUUGGUAGUCCAAGUGUCUGAAGUUCUGCUCGCCUUCAGAAGUAGCACUGAAUUCCCAGGAUGUAAGAAAUACAGCACAGUGUCAUGCAGCCGAUGUGAGCUGAUGGUCACAGCUGGGGCUGAAAUCCUUUAUUAAACAAAACAAGAGUCAAGUGAACAAGGAAGGUUGGAGCCAUUUGCAAGAUCUUCCCAGUUUAUUGCUCAGCCUGUCAAAGAAGUCACCUUCUGGGAGCACAGCCUGGGCUGCCAUGGCUAGCAAAAGAAAGUCAACAACACCCUGUAUGGUGCGAACCUCUGAAGUGGUGGAGCAGGAAGUUCCAGAGGGUGCAGAAACUGCUAAAGAGAAGGGUGCUGGCACACCGCAGCAGGAUGCUAAAAAAACCUGGCCCUCAGAAAGCUCAGUGAAAGAGUGCGAAGUGGUUGAGGCUAAGCCCCCUGCUGAAAAUCAGUCUAAGAAACCCCAGGGUGGUUAUGAGUGUAAAUACUGCCCUUACUCUACGCAAAACUUAAAUGAAUUUACAGAGCAUGUUGACACUCAGCAUCCGAAUGUCAUUCUCAACCCCUUGUAUGUCUGUGCUGAAUGCAACUUUACAACCAAAAAAUAUGAUUCUUUAUCUGACCACAACACAAAGUACCACCCAGGAGAGAGUAACUUUAAACUGAAACUAAUUAAACGCAAUAACCAGACUGUUUUAGAGCAGUCGAUUGAGACCACCACGAAUGAUGUCACUGUCACGAGCAGUGGGCUGGAAAAUGCAGAGUGUGAGGAUUCGCUUCAUGGGGGAAUUAGUGUGAGUAAAACACCAAUGAUGAAAUUGGGAAAGCCUAAAGGGGAAGCCAAGAAGGGUCCCAAAAAGCCAGAAGAGGGAGUUACGGAAAACCACGUGGAUGGUUCUCUCCCCCGCAUCAUAACUGAAGCCACUGAAGCUAUUGCGUGUAUAAAUGGAGACCUUCUCCAAGAUGUGUUAGCUCAUGUUAUGCCCUCUGUACAGCUGCCACCAAAUAUUAACCUUGUACCCAAGGUCCCGGUACCUCUGAACAGUACCAAAUACAACUCUGCACUGGACACUAAUGCAACCAUGAUCAACUCCUUUAACAAAUUUCCUUACCCCACGCAAGCAGAAUUAUCAUGGUUGACAGCAGCAUCAAAGCAUCCUGAAGAACAGAUCCGAAUCUGGUUUGCUACACAGCGUUUGAAGCAUGGUAUCAGCUGGUCGCCUGAAGAAGUGGAAGAGGCAAGAAAGAAGAUGUUCAAUGGUACUAUCCAGGCAGUCCCUCAAACCAUCACCGUCCUGCCAGCUCCUUUGACAACUGCAAAAAUUCCCCCUCCUAUCAUCCAGACAGCUUUGCCUUGUCAGAUACUGGGCCAGACUGGUCUUGUUUUAACUCCAGUGUCAAAUGGGUCAGCAGUUUCCUGUUCCCCAAUUACACUUGCUGUUGCCCCAAACCAGGGACAAAAGAGGACAAUACAGACCCUGUCAAAUGUCCCAGAGGCCAAGCGACCUCAUGUAGUUCAGGUGCCUGAGAGUCCUGCCAAGCUGACUGCUGUACCGUUGACUCCUGCCAGCGAGCGAAAAAAAACAAAGGAGCAGAUAGCAGAGCUGAGGGCCAGUUUCAUAGCAAGCCAGUUUCCCGAUGACGCAGAAGUCUACCGGCUGAUAGAGGCAACAGGGCUCUCCAGGAGUGAGAUCAAGAAGUGGUUCAGUGACCACAGGUACAGAAGUCAGCGGGGCAUUGUGCAAGUUGCUGGUGAUGCUUUAGGGAAAGAUCCAGUAGCACCUUCACUGGGCCGACAUAGCCGCUCGUUCCACCCAUAUGCAGAUUUUGCACCGCAGAGGUUCAAGGAAAAAAGCCAAGAGCAGCUUAGGGCCCUUGAGGAGAGUUUCCUACGAUGUUCUUUUCCGACCCAGGGAGAACUGGACAGGCUUCGAGUGGAGACAAAGCUGAGCAGGAGAGAGAUUGAUUCCUGGUUCUCCGAGAGGAGAAAGAUAAGGGACAGUAUGGAGCAAGCUGUCUUGGACUCAAUGGGAUCGUACCGAAAAAUUAAGGAACAAGGAACUCCCAAUGGUGCAAUAAACCAAGCAGAACUGAUGAAUAGCUCCCAGCUUCCCGGUGCUUUAUCAGGAUCCUCUGCCACACUUAAGAAAACCCAGGAGCAGAUUCAUCUACUGAAAAGUACAUUUGCAAGAACCCAGUGGCCAACACCACAAGAGUAUGACCAGCUAGCAUCCCAGACUGGGCUCACAAGAACUGAAAUCGUUCGCUGGUUCAAGGAAAACCGGUCCUCACUAAGAUCAGGGUUGCUUAAAUGGGUUGACCAGUACCAGCAGCAGUAUGCUGAUGGCCAUAACGAGCAGAAUCAGAAAAAGGGAUCAAAACUCAUUGAGAGUCCAAAGAAUGGUAAUGAAGUGUCUCGGCAGCAUUACCAGGAGCACAAAAAGCUGAAUGAAGAGAAUGCGGGGAAGAUGGUGGUGAGACCAAAAAGAGACUGCGAACCACUGAAAGACUCUUUGUUGGGGAAUCAAGCUGAGGGUACAGACAGGUUGGAGUGCAACAGCCACGACGGCCGCGAGGAGAACGAGGAGCCGGUGGAGGUCAACUGGGUGGAGGUGACGGUGGGCGAGGAUGACGCCGCAUCAGACUGCACGGACACGUGGAGCCAGGCAGCACCUGAGGGCCAGGCUGAGCUGGUGGACUUUGACUCUGAAAGUAUACCUGGAGACAAUGCCCACGUGUAGACAGGGAUACUCAUCAGCUGCACUGUCCUGACAACGAAGGGGAAAUUCUGUCUGAAAAUAGAGCAUCUAUUUUCCUGCCUGGGUUGAGACAGCGUGUUGCGACUCCACGUCUCAAAUCGUGCUUGCGGAGGCACAGCGAGAAAUCUUCUGGUGGAGCAUCGUCGUGGGGUUGUUCACAGUGCCAAAGUCCUACUACUGCAUUGAGAAAGAAAAGAGAGAAAGAAAAAAGGGUCCUUGUAUAUAGGUUACUCCUCAGCUUCUUUCCCACCCACUUUCCUGCCCAGUCUCUUCCUGUGCUGGAACAGAUUUGUACGAUGUGGAAAUUUUGUUAACUUUUUAAUAGGUGCAAGUCAUUCUUGCAUACAAUGCCAUGGGAAAAUGUUAGGGUUGGUUUGGGGGAGGGAAGUGUCUUUUGUGGGGAGGAGGGAGAGGAGAUCUUUUCUGAAUCGCUGAAUCCCAUUAUGGCUGAAGCUGGCAGGGACCUCAGGGUCCAUGUGGCCCACCCCCAGCUCCAGCAGGGACACCCAGAGCAGGGGCCCCAUGGCCACGUCCAGGCGGCUUCUGGAGAUCUCCAGGGAGGAGAUCCCACAGGCUCUCUGAAGCCUUUGAAGAAAGUUUUGCAAUUUUUUGGAAUCUCUUUGGUGCCAAUCAACAUCCGAUCCCGGGUUCCCACCCCACAGCCGUUUACAUUUCAGCCCACACAGUGCGGUAUGGGUUUGGGGAGGGGAGGGUCGGUCUGGUUCGGUUGGGGCUUUGGGUUUUUUUCCUGUUUUGACUUUUUUGUUUUGUUUUAUGGCCAUCUGCUACUGAAGUAUUUACAUCUCUGCUUUCCUGUGCUCCUCUGAAGCACACCUUCUCCAGCUCCCGUGCUCCACUCCUCACAGAGCGGGCCGGGCCGCGGCUCUCCGAUGAUCUCGCUGGAAUGCCUUUUUUUCCUGUUUUCUUUGUUUUUAGCACUUUUUGUUUGAACAUAGAGCAAUCCCGGGAGGGGUUGGUGUGACAAAAUGAUGAUGCUUCAUAACCUGAACUUGUUUGCCUUUCUUCAGCUGGCACAGAGGUGGACAACGGAAACAAAAGUCCAUCCUCCGGCACUAGAAGUUGUAGCACACAACAGACGUUUCCGAUUAACCCUUUCCACUAAAUUUUUAGAUCAGUUCUAGAUUCCCGAGUGCACUUGUUUUCAAGUACUGCUAGUUUUCCUUUGUGCGGGUGUCUGUGUGUGCAGGUAUGAGGAGGAGGAGGAGCGUGGGUGCGGGAGCCAAGCCCUAUCCCUGUUUCAGUACACUGCGCAAGUACAACGCUAGGGAGUUUGAAUAAAUCCUACUUUUCUAACUUGUUGCUCAUUUGUUGUAACUCAAUAAAAAAAAGGCUAGACAUUUUGGUAA